AUGUCCCAACUUGGAGGUAUGGGCGCAACGCCUGCCCGCCGCUCUGCCCGCCUUUCCCAAGCAGGUUCGGUUACGGGCCAAUCUGUCGUCACUACUAUGACCAACGGCGGAACCAGGCAGCGCAAGAAAGGCCCUCUCACCAAAGUCAAGCCGCGUAAGUCUAACGCUUAUGGUGCAAGCGGUCGUGUUGGUGCUGCAGAAGAGCUAUCGAUCUCCGCUACCGGCUUUGCGCAGGCCUUUCAAAACCAGCGUGGUGAGGCUGCUGCGCGCGACGAGGAAGACGAAGAAGAAGACGACGUCGAUGAGCUUGGCGACGGGACUCCGCGCAUGAGUGGUGCUCUGAACGGCCGUACUCCCCAGCGCUCCUCUUCACCUGAGCUUGAAGCUCCCACUCCAAUGCCGCCAGGUCUUUCAUUUAUGGACAGUGAGGACCUUGCCCCUAGCGAGAACGAUUUGUCGGCGUCUGUCGGCAACACUUCCAAGUCCUUCGGCCCUGUCCACGAAGCUGGCAUGCUAUUUCGACCCCUGCGCCAAGUUGCUGCUCGAUCACCAUCUGCAGAGGUCUUUGCUAAGCCCCUCUGGCAGACGAAUAGAACUCGCCAUCGCCAGACUCAAGCCAACGUACAAGAGGAGGAAGACGUCGAGGUCGCGGUCGAGAUCGAGCCCGUCCGACAGCAGCCACCCAAGCAGGUGACGCCCGCGCCAAGGAAAGUCAUUGAUCAGUCUGCCAGCCAGCCGCUUGCAGAAGAGCGAGAGGGCCCUACUUCGCUUCGCAGCAAGCCGCGUAAGCAGCCUUCUCAGCAGCGAGCCGCCGACCCUCAUCUGGACGAGUGGCUUGGUAAUGUUGAGCCGGGUCUCAAGGAUGAUGACAAGUGGUUCUGGGAGCGAUACUUCAACCCGCUCUUCUGGACAUUGGUCUGCGCGGCUGGCUUGCUCGCUAUUUGCUUUGGACUUGUUCAACUCAUGACCUCGAAACACGAACCCAACUCCAUUACCCGGCCUGGUAUGGUCACCGCAUUCGGCAACCGGAUCUCCAACGCGUAUUAUGAUGUCGCAGACUGGGUCAUGCCUGCUGAGCGUCCCGAGAAAAAGAAGCAAAAUAUGGAUGAGUUCAAAAGGGGCGACGGAACCAUCGACGACAACUACCUUUGGUCUCGCAUGAAGAAGAUCUACAACGAGUUCGACAGUCGCUUUGAGAACAUGGACGACACAAUUGCUAAGCUCAACCAACAUCUGCCAGAGUACAUGGUUGUCCGUACCCUCCCAGAUGGCAGGCGAGAAGUCACCGAUGAAUUCUGGAAUGCCCUAAUCAGCAAAGCCGAGUCUUCUGGAGGUGACGCAGAAUGGACUGAAUUCCUCAAGCGCAACGAAGACAAGCUCCGUGAUAUCUUUGGAGGUACCUCCACGGGCACUCCGUCAGAUAUGCGUCCCGAAGCAGUCUCCCGCGAGGAGUUCAUGAACCUGGUCCAGAGGCACUAUGACACGAUGGCAGCUCAAGUUGAUGAGAAGGUGUAUCAAGCAAUUCAAGGCCAAGCCUCCCAAAUCAAGGCAAUCGCUCAGGCGGAAGCCAAAAAAGCCAUGAUUGACUCCAUCCGACUCCACACUCUGGCACAGAGCAAUCUGCUCACCAACUAUGAGCUCAACCUCCAAAAGGCAAACCACUUUUCGCCCGGCCUCGGUGCCGUCGUCAUACCUACCCUUACAUCUGCCACUUUCCUCGAUAGCCCGAGCCCAUGGGGUUCCUUGGGUCGACUACUGUUCUCCCGAUACCGCAACCCGCCAAAGGCUGCCCUCGAUAGAUGGGAAGAACCGGGCGACUGCUGGUGCGCGGCACCUAACCCUAUGAUGAGUGGGCAAGCUCAGCUCACUGUCGCCCUGGCCCGCCCGGUCUACCCGCAGCAGGUCACUAUCGAGCACCUGCCAAUGUCGAUGAUGCCAAGCAAGAAGAUCACCAACGCCCCGCGCACCAUCGAGCUCUGGGUCGAGACGGAUCAAAGUGUGGAGUCGCAAGGCUCGCACCGUGAAGGUUCGUGCCAGGAGGGCCCAGCAGGCUGGUCCUGCCUGGGUUCCUUCAGGUACAACAUUCACGCGUCCAAUCACCAACAGACGUUUGAUCUCGACGUCCCGAGCCCGGUGCCGGUCUCCAAGGCCAUGCUUCGGGUCACUAGCAACUGGGGCGCUGACCACACCUGUCUGUACCGGGUGCGUCUUCACGGAAAAGACGCCGCCGAGGACCACCAGUACGAGGUGCGUCUGAACGACCCGGUACAGUAG